AUGGUUCAACGAAAUGCUCCUCAACCAAGACUGAUCCAAGGACCGCAAUGCUGGGCUUGUCGCGAGCGGCGCGUACGCUGCGGCUCAGAAACACCUGGAUGCGCUAAAUGCGCCGCUAAGGGCAUAGACUGUCCGGGGUUUGGGGCGACGAGGCCAUUGCGGUGGAGGGAGCCGAAGGUUCCCAAGACGUUCAAAGCUCGGAAGGCGGAUACAGUGUAUUCCAUUCCUGAUCUUCCUCUGGAGGUAGGGUUCUGUCUUCGGACGGGCGAUACCCUUGAUGGAGCAAUUGCGAAUGAGGUUACACAACGAUCGUGUGACCCCCGACUUGGUUGUGACGGACACCUCAUCGAACCCGUUCCGAUGGUCACUCAAGUCCAGCGUCGUUGUACUGUCCCUAGCGGAACUCGCGGUGCGCCGAUGGAAUUGACAGCUCUGUCGGAUCCCGAGGGAGCAACAUUCUAUCGAUACUAUGUCUCUGCCUUGAAGAAGGUAAAUGAGGAAUUGUCGAAGACGACCAAGAAGCUGAAUAUCACUAUUCUAGCGGGGAUUAUGAUGCUUCUAUUCUCUCAGUUACAACAGGCCGCAUAUGGGCAAUGGCGAGUCCACCUUGAGGGCCUCAAGAGGCUUUUACGCCACUAUGGGGGAAUGGAACGUCUUCUAGAACAGUACCUCGACACCGGUUUCCUCGUGUCGAACGUUCUAAUUAUCGACACAAUGUCAACAACGACUGCACCGGUCAGGACUAUGACCGCAGACACGCUAAGCUGGCAGAUGGCAUACUUGAGGAUACUGCCACAACUGGACUACGAUGUGAUUCCAACUCCAACACCAAUACCACCUCACCUGUUAAAAGUUGUCAUUAUGAUCAACCUUGCUCGAGCUACGGCGAGCCAGGCUCAAGGGAACGAAGACGAGACCGACCCUAGAGGGUCAGGAUUCACCCUGUCGCAGAUAUUAGCCGAGCUAGACAUUAUCCCUGCACCGGACAGUGAAGGCAAUGCACCCAACGACACAGACAUUAAGAGUAUCAUCCCAAGUGUCAACCCAAAUGAUGAGCCUCCAAAACCACCCACCAAAGACUCAAACAAAACCCUCUUCACAACCGCCUACCGCUCGGCCAUAACCCUCUACGCCGUCGAAUCCUACCUCUCCCUUUCCACGGAAACAGCGAGCAUAAGCCUAAGCCUAACGCAAAUCCUCGACCUAGCCCUAAUCCCCGAGACUACCCGCGCGAUCAAGAACACGGCAUACGAGUCCUUGAUGUUCUCCAUCCGCGCCUUAUUCGAACGGCGCAACGACGACAUAGACACUCACACAAAAACCGAAACCCCCGGCAAAAAGAGCAACGAAGACACCGACGCAUACUGGAAAUUCAUCUUCUGGCCCCUCGCCAUCGCCGGCGUGCAGUGUGCGAUGGUGCGCCGCAGUCGCGAUGACUACGAGUAUAUCUGCGGGCGGCUAUAUGAGAUGACUGCGGUGUUGGGGACGCUUUGUAUGCGGGAUGCUGCGGUUUUUAUACAGCGGCUUUGGGGUGACUCUGAGGAGAUGAGAGUUCGAGGAGGGGGGAUGACUUGGGAUGAGAUAUUUCGGGAUGCACCGUUGUUUCUUCUCUGA